AUGGUUACUGAUGAUAGAUAUUCUAUUCAAUGGUAUAUUGUUUGUGAAUCCGGAACUACGCAGAAGAGGUGUGCCUACAAAAUCGUUAGUUGUGAAUCUGGAACUACGCAGAAGAGGUGUGCCUACAAAAUCGUUGUUUGUGAAUCUGGAACUACGCAGAAGAGGUGUGCCUACAAAAUCGUUGUUUGUGAAUCUGGAACUACGCAGAAGAGGUGUGCCUACAAAAUCGUUGUUUGUGAAUCUGGACCUACGCAGAAGAGGUGUGCCUACAAAAUCGUUGUUUGUGAAUCUGGAACUACGCAGAAGAGGUGUGCCUACAAAAUCGUUGUUUGUGAAUCUGGAACUACGCAGAAGAGGUGUGCCUACAAAAUCGUUGUUUGUGAAUCUGGAACUACGCAGAAGAGGUGUGCCUACAAAAUCAUUGUUUGUGAAUCUGGAACUACGCAGAAGAGGUGUGCCUACAAAAUCGUUUGUUGUGAAUUCAGAACUACGCAGAAGAGGUGUGCCUACAAAAUCGUUAGUUGUGAAUCUGGAACUACGCAGAAGAGGUGUGCCUACAAAAUCGUUGUUUGUGAAUCCGGAACUACGCAGAAGAGGUGUGCCUACAAAAUCGAUUGA